CCCGCCCAGAGCCCCUCCUACAACUCGACCUCCCCCAUCACCAUCGCCUCGUUGGUCCUCUCCACUGACAAUUCGACCGACUCUAACUCGACAUUCGUUCUCAAUGCAUCGACCAACAUGCGAACUCGAAUGUACCUAUCACCGGUUCACCCGUCUAAACCUUCUACGGACGGUAUCGAAGUCAAUCUCAAGAUCCCAGUCUUUGUUGCUUCGACAGCCACCACUGAGCAGUAUUGCGCCACGUUCGAUGGGGCUCCCUCUGCACCAGCUCCCUUGACAGUCACGCCAUGCCACAAUGCCACUGACCCUCAUGAGAGCCAAAUCUUCCUGUAUGACUCCAAGACAGGCGUCAUCUCCCCCAUGUGGCAGGCUACUCAAGCGACUCUUGCAAGUCUACCUAGUAUGAGUGGGGAUGAUGUAGCCGAUAGUGGCGAUAUGAGCUCUGGCAAUAUGACCGCAAUGGCUGGCGGUGACUCCUAUGACGACGACGAUGAGAGUGCAGAUUACGACGAAGAUGACCUCGCAACUCCGUCGGCUUCUGCCUCACCAUUCUACGCCAGCGCCAGCCCCUCUCCCACCGUCAUGGACUACUCCACCUUCACCUACACGUCUUACUCUGCCUCGAUCACCUAUUCGGCCAUCCCAUCCGCCAGUGCCAUCGCCAGCGCCAGUGCCAGUGCCAGUGCUUUCCCGAACGACGACAUCGAGGCCGCAGCGGUACCCAGUCCCUCGGCAUUCAGCUCUGGAAAUGCUUCCAACGUCACUCUUGUCUUCACUCCCGCAUCUGCCUCCGCCACCGACCCUGAGUCAGAAGAGGCUACCGAGAUGGGAUUGAAUCCUUACCCCGAGGGUGACGCCGUCAGGACCGAUCCAAGCGCUAGUACAAGUGCCACGGCCACCGCCACUUCAUCCUGGCUCUUCCACUCGCCUACCCCUGAGACCGCCUCCACCUCCGCCUCGAGCUCUCUGCCUUCCUCAUCUGCCGCUCUGAGUCGACGAGCCGCUGAGCAAAAGCUCUUGCAAUCGCCUGACAACGUACGUGGCGAGUUCACUCUCUGCUGACGAUGGAAUCAGGACGCAGCAGCUCCCUACACGUGAGCAUCUUGAUCCCCGACGCUUGUCCUGACUUGCUUAUCAGCUGAUAGACAUUAG